CAAAUUGCAAAAAGUGCAAAGCCUUUAUACAAGGAGCAAAACUAAACACAAACAUUCCUUCAAUGGCUCUCAUAACCUCCCAAUCCAAAAACCCUCUUCUCCAUCGCUUCACCACCGUUCACCGUGCAAUUCCACGGUUAGAUAGGUGUGUAAUUGGCCUCGGGUCCUUCUCUAACAAUGAUGGGGUCAUUAAAAAUUGUAACUUUAACUCAAAGACAAGAAAAAUUUCCCUGAAAAACAACCCCUUUACCUACAACAUGCCAAUGAUAACCAAGGCCAAGGCCAAUGCCAAUGCCAAUGCAGCAUUUGGAGAGACAGAGGAAGGAGCGUUGAAGCACAGAAAGAUCUUGUUGUCGGAUGUUGAGGUGAAGAGAGAAAGGAGCGUGUUCUUUGGGAGGAAGUGGAACUCUUUGGAUGUUGGUACUGCGGGUAUGGUGUUAGCCAUGCAUGCACUUUGCCUUUUUGCUCCAUUCCAGUUCAAUUGGCAAGCUUUUUGGGUUGCUGUGGCACUCUAUUUUGUCACUGGCCUUUUUGGCAUCACUCUUUCUUUCCAUCGGAACCUUUCUCAUAGGAGUUUCAAGCUUCCCAAAUGGCUUGAAUAUUUCUUUGCCUAUUGUGGGGUCUUGGCUCUUCAGGGUAAUCCAAUUGAUUGGGUGAGCACACAUAGGUACCAUCACCAAUUCUGUGAUUCUGAGAGAGACCCUCAUAGCCCCACUGAAGGAUUCUGGUUCAGUCAUAUGAGUUGGCUCUUUGAUUCCAAUUCUGUGAUAGAAAGGUGUGGAGAGCCAAACAAUGUUGGUGAUUUAGAGAAACAACCUUUUUAUAGAUUUCUACGAAGCACUUACCUGGUCCAUCCUUUUGCUUUGGGAGCCCUUCUAUAUGCUAUAGGGGGUUUUCCUUUCCUUGUUUGGGGAAUGGGAGUGAGGAUUGUUUGGGUUUACCACAUCACAUGGCUAGUUAACUCAGCAUGCCAUGUAUGGGGGAAGCAGGCCUGGAACACAAGGGACUUAUCAAGAAAUAAUUGGUGGGUGGCGUUGCUUGCAUUUGGUGAGGGUUGGCAUAAUAACCACCAUGCUUUUGAAUACUCAGCAAGACAUGGCUUAGAGUGGUGGCAACUAGACAUGACUUGGUUGGUAGUGAGAUUUCUCCAAGCUACUGGGUUGGCCACUGAUGUCAAGGUACCCAGUGAGAGCCAGAAGCAGAGAAUGGCAUUGAAUAAUGAUGGUAGAAUAGCCACAUGAAACACAAUUCUUUAUUUACGGCCAUGGGUGUAAAAAAAAGGGGAAAAAAAACCAUAAUAACAAAAUGAAAGAUAAGGAUUUGAGAGGUGCUUGUUGAUGGCAUAAAGGUUUUGGUAGGAUAUUGUUCUUUUGGGUGUUACUUUCAGCGGUCAUGUAUUACGAGUGCUGGAUUUGACUAUGUAUAUGGGACUAUUAAUAAUAGUAUAAUAAUAUAAUAAUAUUAGAAUAGCACAGGAGAUUAUUUAUUUAUUACUC